AUGAAUUAUCAUAAAAUUUUAGGUGUAACAAAAAAUGCCUGUAAGAAAACAAUACGUGAAGCAUACUUAAAAAAAGUAAAAUUAUAUCAUCCUGAUAUAAACAAAAGUUCAGAUGCUACAUCAAAAUUUAAACAGAUUCAAGAAGCAUAUCAGGCCUUACAUAAUGACGAUUACUCACAAAAAUCAUACCACAGUGAGAACCCAUAUAGCAAAAGCAACAAACCAGAAGAGACAAAGAAUAAACAAAAUUACAACUAUUCUGACGAUUUUUCUGAUUUUCAGAGAUCAUUUUACGAGGAUGUUCGUAAAAUGAGAGAAAAUGAAAGAAAGGAAUAUCAUAGAAGAUACUCAUAUAAUAAUUACGGUUACUCCAUGAAUGAUAUUUUCAAUAAACACCCGAGGGAGUAUUUUUACAUAAACCUAAUUUUUAAGUUAUUUCCUUUAUUUGUUGUCCCUCUUUUAUUUCUGUUUGUUGUUUAUAAGGAGUACAUUUUGAAGAGCCAUUUUAAAGAGAAGCCCAUACUUAUAUAUGAUUCGUAUGGAAGAGCUUUUUUGGUAGACAAUCAUGGAAGAAAAUUUAGAGCUUCCGAAUUCGAUAAAUAUUAG